UAUAGUUUACAUACUGUUGCAUAUGUACUAUUCGCUGUGACGCCAAUCUAAGCAACAACCAGCAACAACUAAAAAAUAUACAAAACUGUACAAAACACAUAACACUACAAUAGCAGAAUUCACUGACUGAUAAAUUAAUUUAUUUAGUCCAAUAAAAUAAAAAGGAUUUAUUAUUUUGUAACUUAAUAUUCAGAGGUGAAAAAAAACAAUUAAAAAAAAUACAAUAAUUCAUAAGUUGUUGAAUGAUCAAGAGUAUUGUUUUGGGUCUCUAUAUUUUCAGAUUACAGUAGCGGUAUUAAAAUAUUAAUAAUAUAUUCUAGUUCUAUUUGAGAGCAUCUUUAACUACGUUGUUAUCUUACUAGAUUAUUCCUUAUUUUUUUUCGAUUGUUGAUAUUUUGUACCAUACGGAUAUGGAUUGUAAUCUUGACUCCGAUAGUGAUUCUUCCUCCUCUGACAGUGUUAGGUCCACCGUUACUGAUAGUACUUCAGAUGAAUCACAAAGUGAACCGGUAGACAUUAAAUCGAAAUUUGCUCAAGCUUGCUCGACUAUGAAAUUAACUCAUGUCCAAAUUAAUAGUUUGUUAGAAGUUUUUAGAGAACAUAAAUGUUUUAAAAACUGGCCAAAAGAUGCACGAACUUUGCUUCAGACACCACGUAAGGUUGCUGAAAAUAUAUAUCACCUCGCGGGAGGUGAGUACGUUCAUUUUGGGAUGGAGGAUGCACUUUCUGAAAUUUUACUUAAAAUCACGCCGUCUUUAAUUCCCGACACUCUCAUUAUAGAUUUUAGUACCGAUGGAGGCAACCUUGAUAAACAGGCCAAACGCAAUGUUUGGCCCAUUCAAAUUCGUGUUCAUAAUAUUCCCGGUUGUCCACCUGGAAUUGUAGGGAUUUGGUGUGGAACUUCAUUCACUCACCAGCCAACUGACGCAUCAGCUUUUUUCGCGAAAUUUAUUAAAAACUUUAAUGAUUUGAUGAUUAGUGGGUUCGUUUUCAAGGGUAUUUGCAAAGUUGUUCGACCUGGGAGUUUUAUUGCUGAUGCACCAGCUCGUGCUUUUGCUCUAGGACAUAUGGCACACAAUUCAGACUCACCCUGUUCCAGAUGUAAAGUUUGUCGUACUCCUCUUCAAGGAGAUAAUAGAGCCCUACGGACAGUAGAUGAUGAAAAAAGAAAUGACAGGGAGUAUAGGGAUCGCGAAGAUGCAUUUCACCAUAAAGCUAGUCGAGCAUGUGGUUUGGCAGAUCUUGAACAUUUUGAUAUAGUAAAUAAUGUAGUUUUCGAUUCUAUGCACGCUGUUUUUCUUGGUAUUGUGAAACGGUUUCUUAGCAUUUUAGUUGGAGGCAGGGAUAAUCCUAAUCUCAAGUUAGAUGAAUUAAAUAUCGUCAAGAUUAAUGUUAGACUCGCUUUUAUUAAGAACUGCUGUCCAGAAGAAUUUGCUCGUAGGCCUGAGGAUAUUACUAAAUUUUCUAAGAUGAAAGCUACUGAAUUUCGCCAGAUUCUUUUAUAUUCAGGUGCCGUUGCUUUUCGUGGUAUUAUAAAUUCAGCAAUAUAUUUACAUUUUUUAACCUUUUCUUGUGCGAUUCGUCUUCUUACUUGUCCAAAAGUAAGUGAGGCUGAAAUUACUUUUGCAGAAAAUUUAAUAAAAACAUAUGUCAAAAAUGUUGAAAACUUUUUUAAUCAUCAUUUUCUAACUUAUAAUUGUCAUAUUCUUUUACAUUUAGCUGAAGAUGUCAGAAAUUUCGGACCACUUGAUGGUAUUUCUGCAUUUCCUUACGAAAAUAAUAUGCAGUACUUCGCAGCAACUUGUCGUAAACCUACUCAAUAUUUAGAACAAAUCGUUAAUAGGCGCGAAGAACGUAAAUUGCGUAACAUUGAAGAAAACCCUCGUGUCAAUUUUUCACUUAUUCCUGGUAAACUUUGGACUAGCCCAUUCCCUUUGCCAACAGAACUCAUAUCAGCAGCUGCUCAAUAUCAAACCCUUCAAACACCAAAGUAUAAAAUUAAUACUAAUAAUAAAGACAAUAUAUUCAUGUUAAAAAAUAAAACUCUCGGCAUGGUUCAAAAUAUUAUUCUUGAUAAGGGAAAAUUUAAGCUUCUAUUCCAGAAAUUUAAUAUACAACUAAAUUCAUUUUUUCAAAUUGGUAACUGGCAAUCAUCAUUUUUCGGGGUUUUUCGUUGUUCGGAUCUUUCUGAUAAACAACAAAUUAUAGAUGUUGAAGACAUCCAUGCGAAAUGCUUUUGUAUGCCUUAUUUCCAUGAUAACGAAGUAACGCCAACCGAAGGCGAGUUUAUUGUUACAUUAAUAGAAUCUACUAUCGCGUGAAUUUUUUUUAUGUUCUGUCUUUUCAGUAGCCUCAUCUUAGAAAUUUAGUUUAGUCUGUGAUUAACAGGUUUCGAGCAAGUGGGUGGGAUGCAACGAUCGUCAGUUUAAUUCUUUUUCUUGGGUUACUUUUUAUUAUUUUCAUUCUAAUCUUGAUUAUUAUUAAAAUCCAAACAGCACAGCUAUGAUUAUAUUCCAUUUGUAGAAGCAUUGACACGAGAUUUUAAAAUUAAAGAUAAUAAACAUUCUGAGUAUGUGAUGAUUACUUGAUUAUAGUCAUUUUUUUCAACAGCUCUGCUGAGUAUCAUAAUUCAUUUUUGAAAGCAUUUGUACAAUAUUUAAAAUAAAUGUAGUCAUGAAAAUUCAAACUUGAUAUAAAUUAAACUCAUGAUAAUUAUAAUAGUUAAUUAUUUUUGUUUUCAUAAUAAUUUAUUCGAAUCAAUUUCUUUUUUUAAUAAUUAACUAGAUUAUUUUUUUAAUUUUUUUUUUUUUCAAUUCAACAAACAGCCAUGAUGAUAAACUGUUAACGUGAAAAUAAUCAUCAAUAAAUUAAUGAUUUUUUCUUGUCAAAAAAAUUCUGAGCUGUUCCAAAAAUAUAAAUAAAUGAAUAAAAUUAACGAAUAAAAAAAUAUUGAGAAAUUCAUCUUGUGUUUAUUAUGUCUUGUUUGAAUGAUCAUAUAUAUUUAUACUCAUUAAUUAUUCAGCAUAUAAAAGUAGCACAUUUUUCAUUAUAUUUUUAUUGAACUUAUGAAUUGUCUUUAAAGUCGAUAUCAAAUAUUUGAAUUUCGGGUAGGUUUGAAUUCAUAUUUUUUGAUGAGUAGCUCAGGGCAGCGUUCGAUAGCUGGCCGAGGCCAAAAAUCCGGCCAAUUUUUUAUCAUGGUUUAUUUUAUAUGUUCGUAGUAUCAGCACUGCUACAUUAUAAUUUCAAAUAUUUACAUGGGAUUUUCUCAUAGUGAGUUUUUGAUUUAUCAAGUUGUCUUUCCGUUGGCCCAGGCCGAGGCCCUCGGCCAGCUAUCGAACGCUCCCCAGAAAAAUUAUUUAACAUUGAAAUAGCUA